AUGGGAUUUAAACUGGCUGUGUCACUCAUUCUCUUGGUCUCUGCUAAAGCAGGAUUGAGCCUGGUUGUACCUCCAGCCCCUAUCAGGGACCAGGUUGGAGUAGGACGUAUUGUUGGUGGAGAAGAAGCUCAAGAUGGAGAGUUUCCCUGGCAGGUUUCCCUCAGACAGAUCGCAGGAAUUGGAGCAACUCAUUUCUGUGGAGGAUCAGUUAUUGACAAGGAUUGGAUUGUGACUGCAGCCCAUUGUUGCGCAGGACAGACACCUGCCUUUAUGCACGUUGUUGCUGGAGGAAUCAAGCUAAACUCUGGGGAAGGAGAAGAACAGAAGAUUGACAUUGAACAGAUUAUAGGUCACCCUGACUACGAUUCUAAUGACCUUACAAAUGAUAUCUGUAUGCUAAAGCUGAAGAGCUCCCUGGAAUUCACUGAAUGGGUGCAGCCCAUUGCUCUGCCUGCAGCUAUGGAAGAGACUGAAGCUGGAACUGACUGUACUGUCACUGGUUGGGGCACACUCAAUGAAGGUGGUAUCAGCCUCCCUAAUGUUCUCCACAAGGUUAAUGUUCCUGUUGUUAGUGAUGAAGAGUGUAACAAAAACUAUGCAAGCUCCGGUAUUUCUGUAACUGCAUCCAUGAUCUGUGCUGGUCUCCCUGAUGGAGGAAAGGAUUCCUGCCAGGGUGACAGUGGUGGCCCCUUCAUCCAUGCUACUGAAAAGACUCUGCUUGGUGUUGUGAGCUGGGGAAUUGGUUGCGGCAGAGCAGGCUACCCAGGAGUGUACACACAGACUUCCUACUUCAUUGACUGGAUUACAGAAACCAUGGCCAAGUACUGAAAAUAAAUCUACAAGAUCAUGUGAUUUAAUUUAGUUGUGCAAAAUCGCUUUAAAUACACAUUAAAAAAACCUUG